GUGAGUGAGUGAGUGAGUGCGCAAUUACCUUCCAAUUUCAUUUCUCUCUCUCUCUCUAAGCUGCGUUCGUGCAUGCGUGUCCUUGUUUGCAGUGCUUUGCUCUGAGUGGCCAAACCUCGCACUUAUAUUAACGAACUCAAUAAAUGAGGCAUUCUUGUUGGCUUUGAUUGUGGGUUUGGUUUCUUCUCUUCUUUUCGCACCCAACAUGACCUUCACUUCUCGCUUUUCCCAUUCUCCACUCUCCCUCCAGAUUGACCUCUUCGGGAAGCGUAUAAGACCUUGGCAUAAUGAUAGAACAGAUCAAAGAUUCACUCUUUCACUCCGAAGUAAUAACACUGAACUCUUUGGCCAACAAGUUGUGACAGAAGGGGCUCACUUACAGCGAGACUGGAAUUUUAUUGGAGGAUCAAGAGUUAUAUUUAGACCUAAACUUAAAAGAUUUGUUCCAUCUGAAAAAGCCUUUGGAAUUAACGCAUCAUGGAUGGCAAGUUCUCAAAUUGCUAGUAGUGUUUUUGGUUUGGGAACAGUAGCAGUUCUCCCAUUUUAUGCCCUCAUGGUUUUUGCUCCUAAGUCUGAAUUAACCAAAAUAUCCAUGCAAAGUAAUAUACCAUAUGUUGGGCUCGGGCUUCUUUACGGAUAUCUACUAUACCUUUCGUGGACACCAGAAACGCUGCGGUUGAUUUUUGCAAGCAAAUACUUAUUGCCAGAGCUACCAGGUAUGGCAAAAAUGUUUUCCAGUGAGAUGACAUUGGCUUCUGCGUGGAUUCACUUGUUGGUUGUAGAUCUCUUUGCCGCGAGGCAGGUUUUUCACGAUGGACAGGAAAACCAGAUAGAAACCAGGCACUCAGUUUCUCUUUGCCUUCUCUUUUGUCCCAUUGGAAUUAUGGCUCAUUUCAUCACCAAAGCCUUUACCAGAAGCGGCGCUGGGAGUUCCAGCCGGCACGGCAUGCAUUGAUGAAUUCGCUUGAUGUCGAAAAAAUCUAACAGAAAAUCUGGAGGAAAUUGAAGAAAGAGACUGAAAACUAUUUGGCAUAUUUCUUUUUUUUUUUUUCUCUCUCAGCAAGUGAAUGAGAAAUUUAUUAGUAUGCGCUUUUUGUCUUCUUCCUUCGCACGCACUCAGCCUCUUAUUUUUCUUUCAUCAAAUGUUAUUUACACAGCAGUGACAGAUCUGGUUGACAGAAAUUGAGGCUUUAUUCAAUACUACAAUUUG